AUGUUAAAUUUUCAGCUUCAAGGGUUUAUUCCAUCUACAAGUCCUGUUUAUACUGCAGGUAAUAAAUGUAUUGUCACAUCACGGUAUCCGGCCAAUAGCAGCGUGCGUCUGCUCCGCCACAAUAAUGGAACCGGCCAACCUGCAAGACUGCAGAAAGGGGGGGAUUUCCCUUUCACGCUCGUUACAAUAUUGACAGAGUUUUCUUCUCUGUUAAACGCAAAGCUAGAUGUGGCAUCCAUCGGCCUGUUCUCCCAGUACUCUGUCUCUGUCUCUGUCUCGGUCUGGGUGGUUGUUGUCGUCGUCGUCGUCGUCGUGGCAGACGGGAUGGAGACAUCCACCGUGAAAGACACCGGCGUUGUUCUACCGGAGACUCAACCAAGACAGCAGCAAGAUGGCCAGUUCGGCUGCUCGCUCGAGCAGCUACAGCAGCUCGCUGAAUCCCGGGACUUGAAGGCCCUCCGGACAUCCUUUGGCGGGCUCGCGGGCCUGGAGGCGUCACUUCUGACAGACCGGAAUACCGGGCUGAGCCCCGAUGAGUCUCUUCUGUCUCCAGCCAGCAGCAGCAGGAGGCAGCAGUUCGGCGACAAUCGGUUGCCCAUGAAAAGAGAACCUCCCUUUUGGCAGCUGAUGUGGAUGGCCUACAACGACUACGUCUUAUUUCUCUUGACCGGUGCCGCCAUUGUCUCCCUUGCCCUCGGCCUCUAUCAGGCGUUUGGCAUUCCUCACACUGCAGACAGCCCCGGUGUCGAGUGGGUAGAAGGGGUGGCCAUCCUGGUCGCUAUCAUCAUUAUCGUCCUUGUCAGCGCGCUGAACGACUUCCAAAAGCAGCAUCAAUUCCGCCGACUGAACAAGAAGCAGCAAGACCGGAAUGUCAAGGUGGUUCGCGCUGGCCGCCCCCAGGAAAUCUCCAUCCAUGACGUCGUGGUCGGUGAUGUCGUCCAGAUCGAGCCGGGAGAUGUCAUCCCAGCAGAUGGUAUUAUGAUCCAGGGCCUUCUUCUUCGAUGCGAUGAGUCUUCCAUGACAGGGGAGUCGGACUUACGACCGAAAUAUCCUGCCAACGAGGCUUGUAGUAAAGCAGCCAUCCCGACCGCACAUGGCGAUGAUAAAGAGGCGCCCGCAAUGGACCCUUUUAUUAUUUCCGGUACGCGCGUGGCCGAGGGCAUGGGCAGCUUUCUCGUCAUUGCUACCGGUCGCAAUUCAGUCUAUGGCAGGAUCCUCGUGACGCUCGAGGACGAACCGGCCCCGACGCCAUUGCAGGUGAAGCUCGCAGGGCUUGCUAAGAACAUCGCUAUCUGCGGUGGUGUCGUUGCUCUGAUCUUUUUCGUCAUCCUGUUCAUCAAAUUCCUGGCAGAGCUGCCUCACAGUACGAGAAGUGCGGCUGAGAAGGGCCAGCUAUUCCUGAACAUCUUUAUUAUCGCGCUUACAGUCGUGGUCAUCGCCGUUCCAGAGGGUCUGCCAUUAGCGGUUACUCUGUCACUUGCCUUUGCGACUACUCGGAUGCUGCGAGACAGAAAUCUAGUCCGAUCGCUAAGAGCGUGCGAGACCAUGGGGAACGCCACGAGUAUCUGCUCGGAUAAAACUGGCACCCUGACGCAGAAUAAGAUGACCGUGAUUGCCAGUAGUGUUGGGAUAAACUCUCGGUCUGCAGAGGGUUCCUCGUCGUCUCUUACGGAGUAUAUCAGAAACCUUUCUCCCGCGGUCAAGUCGAUCUUGAAGCAGUCGAUUGUGGUCAACAGCACUGCAUUUGAAGCAGAUGACUCUUCAUUCGUCGGUUCGCGCACUGAAUCUGCUCUAUUGACACUAGCUCGCGAGGCCCUGGGCAUGGGACCCGUUGAGGUUGAACGGUCUAACGCCAGGGUUGAGUAUCUCGUGCCAUUCGAUUCCUCGCGAAAAUGCAUGAUUUCUGUAGUUCACCUGGAGAACGACAAAUACCGAGCAUAUGUCAAGGGUGCAUCGGAGAUACUCUUGCGUAGCUGUACCAGGGCCUUGGACAGCCCAGAAACCGGGGUAUCCCCAAUACCACAUUCGGACGAUGCCAUGAGCAAUGUGCAGGAGAUUAUAUCCAAGUAUGCGGCUCGUUCCUUGCGAACAAUUACUCUCGCAUAUCGGGAUUUCGACACUUGGCCGCCUAGCAACGGAAUAGACAUUAGCGGCGACGUCGAUAUUGCCGUUGAUCGGAUUCUCCAAAACCUCACCUUUCUCGCAGUCAUGGGCAUCCAGGAUCCCCUGCGCGAUGGUGUCCCGGACGCCAUCCAGAUGUGCGCAAAGGCCGGAGUGACCGUGCGAAUGGUCACGGGCGACAAUCUCCUAACAGCGAAAUCCAUUGCUAGCGAGGCAGGCAUUAUCACCGACUCCAAGGACAUUGCCAUGGAUGCAGCGGAGUUUCGCACGCUCGAAAAACCCCGGCAGAUUGAGUUGAUUCCUCACCUCAAGGUCCUGGCCAGGUCUACCCCUGACGAUAAGCGGAUCCUGGUCAAGCGAUUGAAAGAAAUGGGAGAGAUCGUGGCAGUGACAGGCGAUGGCACCAAUGAUGCUGCGGCCCUCACCGCCGCGGACGUUGGGUUUUCCAUGGGGAUAUCAGGGACAGAAGUUGCUCGAGAGGCGUCCUCGAUUGUGCUCCUCGACGAUAACUUUGCGUCUAUCGUCAAAGCCAUCAUGUGGGGGAGAGCAGUCAACGACGCUGUCCGCAAGUUUCUGCAGUUCCAAAUUACAAUCACCAUCACCUCUGUCGGAUUGACCUUUGUCUCUGCGGUGGCCAAUGGAAACGAACAGUCUGUCCUGACCGCGGUGCAACUCAUGUGGAUCAAUCUCUUCCAGGAUACAAUGGCCGCGCUGGCGCUGGCAACCGAUCCGCCGUCGGCCAGGAUCCUCGAUCGCAAGCCUAUGCCUCAGUCGGCCUCGCUCAUUACUACGCCGAUGUGGAAGAUGAUUAUUGGCCAGUCAAUAUACCAAAUGGCCGUCACGCUGGUGCUCUACUUUGCCGGCUCCUCCAUCUUCCAUUAUCGCACGGCGCACGAAAAGGCGCAGCUAGAGACGGCCAUUUUCAACACCUAUGUCUGGUUGCAGAUCUUCAACAUGUACAACAAUCGCCAACUCGAAAACACGGUCAACGUGGCCGAGGGCGUGCUCCAAAACUGGCUAUUUAUAACCAUCAGCGCCAUCAUGGUCGGCGCGCAGAUCCUGAUUGCGUUUGUGGGCGGACAGCCCUUUUCUGUCGUCCGCAUGACCGGCGCCCAGUGGGCCUACUCGCUUGUGCUUGGCUUCUUGUCGAUUCCUCUGGGAUUUCUGAUCCGCCAAGUGCCUGACCGGCCAAUUGAAUGGGUUAUGAGAGUGUUGAGCGAUGCCAGUCGGAGAUGGCCGAUGCGCCGUGCCAGACGAGUUUAG